AUGUUGGCACGAAGAGCUCUUCCACGUCUGCAACAACCGUUUCGACAAUAUGCAAAACGACCCUUCUCAAGUACUGAGCUCAGCAAUGGCAUCAAAAUGGCAUAUGAGCUUCACGAGCCGGAGAAGGGGCAAUCCGCUGAAGGACCACCCAUAGUCUUCGUUCAUGGCCUUUUCGGAUCCAAGAGGAAUCACCGGGCCAUCAGUAAAGCACUCGUUCGCGACCUGAAGAGACCCAUCUACGCCGUAGACACGCGAAACCAUGGCGACUCGUCCCACGAUCCCAAGCACGACUACAUAGCUCUUGCCGAAGACAUGGAGCUCUUCAUCAAUCACCACAAGAUCAAGGAUGGAACACUGAUAGGACACUCAAUGGGAGCGAAAGUGGUCAUGGCGGUGGCACUUCGAAAACAAGUCAAGAUUGGCAACCUCAUACCCGUGGACAAUGCACCUGUCGAUGCAGCCCUGAAGUCCGACUUUGGGAAAUACUGCGUUGGAAUGCGCAAGAUCGAAGAAGCCAAUGUCAAGUCCUUGAAGGAAGCCGACAAGAUUCUCGAGGAUUACGAAGAAGCCUUACCCAUCCGACAAUUCCUGCUCACGAACCUCAUGCGUGCAGAGGAUGGGACCCAGAAGUUCAAGGUCCCUCUGAAGUAUCUGACGGAUUCAUUGAGCCAUCUGGGUGAUUUCCCUUACAAGGACCCGGAUGAGAUGCGAUGGGAGGGUCCAACGUUGUUUGUUCGAGGCACCCAGAGCCACUACCUCGCGGACGACAUGCUGCCUGUCUGUGGACGAUUCUUCCCCAAGUUUGAGCUCGCGGAUAUCGAUUCCGGACAUUGGGUUAUUAGUGAGAAGCCGGAGGAGUUCAAACGAGCUGUCAUCGAAUGGCUGUCGAAACGGGAGUAG